CGAAAAACGAGAUUUUGCAACAAAGCUUUAGUCAGUGCGAUAUCUCCGAUAGUUCUGCUGAGCUGAGUUUUCAAUCGAGUGAAAAAUCAGAUUUUUAAAUUAAUUCAUUGGAAACUUAAAUUCAUACACUAAAUACCUCAUCGAGCAACAUGUUACGAACGAUUGUAGUACGAAAUGAGCACCUGUUGCAAAGUUCGGUCCGCAGAAUUAACAAAUUAAAUGCUGUCCGCUGUUUGUCAACUCAGUGUUUCCAAAAAUUCAAUAAUAUCAGGAACGUCUCGCAAUCAAACAGCAAACUUCUCCAGCAACAACCAUGCAAAGUUGCAUUUUAUCGCUGUUAUGCCGAUUUACCCGAUCAUAUAAAGGUAUUGUUACCAGCACUCAGUCCUACCAUGGAAACUGGUACAAUUGUAAGCUGGGAGAAGAAGGAAGGCGACAAACUCAGUGAAGGUGACUUAUUGGCUGAAAUCGAAACUGACAAGGCAACGAUGGGAUUUGAAACACCCGAAGAAGGAUAUUUAGCCAAGAUCUUAUUUCCUGGCGGAACUAAGGAUAUUAAAAUUGGAAAAUUAGUCUGCAUUAUUGUCAAUAAUGAAUCAGAUAUUGCAGCAUUCAAAGAUUUUAAGGAUGAUGCAGUUUCAGCAGCACCAACUCCAAAACCAGCUCAGGCAGCAGCUCCUCCUCCCCCACCUACGCCUGUUGCUGCCCCACCACCCCCUCAACAGCCUGUUCAAGCAACACAACAAACAGCUGUCGAACAAAGAUAUGGAGAUCGUGUCUUUGCAAGUCCAAUGGCUAAAAGACUCGCUGAAAAGCAACAAUUACGUUUGGAUGGUAAAGGAAGUGGUUUCUUCGGAUCAUUUACAGCUAAAGAUCUCGCUGGAUUAUCAGCAAGUGCUCCAUCUCAACAAGGAAGCGCUCCAUCAGCCCCACGAAUGCCAAUCAUCCCACCAGGAGCUGCAUUUGUCGAUAUUCCAGUCUCAAACAUUCGCGCAGUUAUCGCAAAACGAUUGUUAGAGUCAAAGGUUUCAAUUCCUCACUAUUAUCUCACUGUAGACUGCAAUGUUGACAAGAUUCUCCAGUUACGCGCUCGCUUCAACAAAUCAUUGGAAAAAGACGGAAAGAAACUUUCAAUCAAUGACUUUAUUAUCAAGGCUGCUGCAAUUGCCUGCAAAAAGGUUCCAGAAGCUAACUCAGCAUGGUUGGGAGACAAAAUUAGACAAUUCGAUGCUGUCGAUGUUUCAGUCGCUGUUUCAACAGACAACGGUCUCAUCACCCCAAUUGUCUUCAGUGCUGAUCGUAAAGGCGUUGCAGACAUCUCAGUUGAUGUUAAGUCACUCGCAGCAAGAGCACGCGAAGGCAAAUUACAGCCACAAGAGUUCCAAGGAGGCACCUUCACAGUCUCAAAUCUUGGAAUGUUUGAUGUUACUCACUUCAGCGCAAUCAUUAAUCCACCACAAUCGUGCAUCUUAGCUAUUGGUGGAAGCCAGAAACGUCUUGUUAUCGAUGAGAAUUCCGAGAAAGGAUUCAAAGAAGCAACGUUCAUUUCGGUAACAUUAAGUGCUGAUCAUAGAACAGUCGAUGGAGCAGUUGGAGCUCGCUGGUUGCAAUAUUUCCGCAGUCAUAUGGAGGAUCCUGCCACAAUGUUAUUGUAAACAUUUUUAUAUAUUAUUAUCUACUGUCAUGCUUCAUACAAUAUAAUACAUGAUUUUAUCACAAUAAUGAACAAGUUGCUACAAAAAAAAGUGUUUGGAAGCUGAAAGAAAAAAAGUUCAUGGUUUUAUUAUUAUUAUUUUAUAUUGUGUUUUGCACAUUAGGCAUCCAUUCUUUUGUCGUUGUUUCGGUUAAAUUAAUUGAUUAUCAUCCAUUAUCAUUAUUAUUAU